AUGGGAAGGAGGUCGUCCUUCUUCUGCGCCAUAUUCAGCUUCUCGCGGAGGUCGAGGCGGUACGCCUACGUCGACGACGAGGACAGCGACUGGGAGCAGCCGCCGGCGCCGGGGCUGCGCAAGGUCAGGUCCAGCGACGAGGACUCCGGGUGGUGGGUCGGCGAGCGCGACGUCGACCAGAAGGCCGCCGACUUCAUCGCCGGCUUCCGCCAGAGGAGCCUCGUCGCCUGA